AUAUUAAAAGAAAAAGCAAAACCGGACACACCUUAUAACAAGAAAAGAAGCAAACCCAAAAAGGAGUGAAGGCCAGCAUCCUGCAUCUCCAUCCUUUAACUCUAGACCAGUGCUAGUGCAAAACAGAGCCAAAAUACUCCCAUCAUGUAUAGGUUAAGCAACACUGUUAUUGGUUUCUUGAACCUUUUCACCCUCUUGGCAUCGAUUCCGAUCAUCGGAGCAGGGUUAUGGAUGGCGAGGAGCAGCACCACCUGUGAAAGUUUCCUGCAAACCCCACUCCUUGUGUUGGGAUUUGUGAUCCUGGUGAUCUCCUUGGCAGGGUUCAUUGGAGCCUGUUUCCAUGUGGUCUGGGCACUAUGGAUCUACUUGCUGGUCAUGCUGGUCGUCAUCGGAGCCCUGAUGGCUUUCACCAUCUUCGGGUUUGUGGUCACCAGCCAGGGCGGAGGAAGAGUCAUCGACGGCAGGCUUUACAAGGAGUAUAAGCUGGAGGACUAUUCUCCAUGGCUGAGGAAAAGGAUUGAAGAUCCCGAGUACUGGAACACCAUCAGAGCCUGCAUAUUGAACUCCAAGACCUGUGCCGCUGUUGGCAACUGGACGCCCAUUGAUUACAUGCAGAAGGAUAUGUCUCCCAUUCAGUCCGGUUGUUGUAAGCCACCAACUUCAUGUGUUUACAACAUGGUAACGACUAAUGUUCAAGACCCUGAUUGUUACCAGUGGAACAAUUCUCCGAUGCUGCUUUGCUACGAGUGCGAUUCGUGCAAAGCCGGCGUUCUUGAAUCUGUGAGGAGAGACUGGCACAAGCUCUCAGUUCUUAACAUCGUCAUACUUUUGUUGCUCAUUUGUGUCUACUCAAUUGGCUGCUGUGCCUUCCGAAAUGCCCAAAGAGCUGAAACGGAUUACCCUUAUGAUCGUAACCGGAUGAUCAAAAUCCGCCCUAGAUGGGACUACCCCUGGUGGAGAUGGUAUCAUGACCAAAGAGAACGGCUUUACUAGGGGAAGCUUUAUCUUGCCUUCAAAUUUCUGAGUCAAUUUGUUGUUGGUACUUUAAAGAAGAAUGGGAUGGGACAAUUGAGUUGUUUUUACAGUACUUACGAUGGGGCCAAUGGAAGAUUUUUCAGGGCAUUUCUCUUCUUUCUACGGACUUCCUUUUUCUUGUACAAAGAAUGGUUUUAUUUUAUAUCUUUGAAAAUCAUACCACACUCAAGUAUCU